AUGAAUGUCAGUGAAGUUGCUGCUGUGAUUUACCAUGCCUUGGUGUACAGCAGAGUUGGUGGCUUCCUGGUUGAGGAAUUACUGUUUGAACAGGAGGGAGGAUGGAUAGAGAUUAUACGAGUGUGUAACACAGCUGGGGAGACUACGAAGCUCUCCUCUGUAUCACUCAGUUGCCAUCUUUUUUUCCAUCUGUGUCCAAUCCUCACUGCAGCAUCUAUAGAGGUAGAAAUAAGAACUUUUUCCCAGAUUUUCAAACAAAGCAUUCUGCCGUGUAAAAAAGAAGAACUACAGUGUGGUGACGGACUCUGCCUCUUAAACUGGCUGCGCUGUCACUAUACGAAGGACUGUGGCAGAGACUACAUGUCCAUCAAACUAACAUGCUCAAAAGUUCACUUGAACCAGAGCAGCCCAACCAGUGAAUUCCCCAGCUACGGUGAAAACGGAAACGAUACCAGUUUACUUGUUUCACCCCUUCUGGUGGCUGGAGUAGUGAUCGGACUUGUGCUAUUUCUAUCCUGUGUUACAAUCAUUGUUGGUAGUCUGCGAAAGGACGGACGGUUAAGACACCCACAUCUGAGGAGAGAUGCUGUUUAUGCUCCAGAUGGCUUCUCUUAUGGUGGCUCUUUUGGAGAGCUGAGAUCCACCUGCAUGGAGGAGUUUCCCCCAGCUUUUGAUUUUGGUUCCUAUCUGGAUACACUUUCUCAAGUCAACGUCAUGUAUCCUGAUUCACCUCCACGCUACGAUGAAUGUGUGGGGCCAGGAGCAACACAAAUAUAUAUACCCACAGAUGAUCCCCCCCCAUAUUCUCUUACAGACCCUUGUCAAAGAAAUGAAAUAUCUAUAAACAUUAGCCUGGAAGAGGAAGCAGCAUCUGGGACUACAGGACAGGCUGCAAAUUAUGCAGUCAGGCUGCAGGACUUGCAGCAGCCCAUUUCAUCCAUCUCUUUGUCAUCUCUCACCCUGGAGGCUGCUCCCCUGUACGAGACAGUGGUGUGUGAACAGAAUAUCCCCAUCCCACUUGUUCCAAUGGAAGUACUGAAAAAUUCUUCCACUGACUAUCAGACCCUUCUGAACCAAAUCAUGUGAGUAAAAGUGGCUUUUUCCUUCAAUUCUUCUGAAGAACUCAGACUGACAAAAACAUUUAAAUGGAAGAAUAAAACCUCUGAAAGUCUUACCUAUUUUAUAUCUUUAAACAGAGAUGCAAUGGGAUUUUAUUUUUUACAGUGAAUUUUGAAAGUUUACCUAAACUUCCCUCUUUGUGCUUCAAAGUGUUCCAUGACAUCACACAGCAUAAAAGAGCAGCAGUGACAAGCAGUGCAUCUGACCUUUUUGAAGCAUUUCAAAACACAUUGAGAUCAGCCACUCUUAAUGUAGAUACAUGUU